AUGAUUGGCAAUCAGUAUCAUUCUGUCACUCAGCCUGAUCGACCCAAUCAUUGGGAAUUGUUAAAUGAAGCAGAUAAGCAAACUUAUGACAGAAUUUGUGCAGCUCUGACAGCUCCAUCGAAUAAAAACAAAAAGAAUAAAAGAGCUGACGAAUUCAGAGAAAUAUUGGAAGCUAUUACACUUUUCGAAAAUCAUGAUGAAGUUGAUAAAUGGAAACGCUGCUUAGUUUGCGGAGUUUAUCAAUUUGAAGAUGGAAUUGCCGUUAAUAUUUCAGCUCUUAAGCGAUUAAUAUUUAAAUGCAAGUCAUCAAUAAAUGGCUCUUUGAAGGCAAUUGGAUAUCCAAAUGUUACAUAUAAAUGCUCUUCAUGUGAGGAACUUCUAAAAGGCAUUCCAUUUUUAAGAGGAAAUACAGUAGAACUCCGCCAAUGGACUGUACGAUAUAGAGCUCCAAAAGAAGAAGCACAAAACGAAAAUACGGAAUACAUUACUCCACCAACUGCAAUUUCUAAUUUCGACAAUGUAGAUGUAUCUAUUUCAAAUAAGGAGGAGAAAACUACUAAUGAAUUCCAAAUAUCAGAUAUCUUUUCUAAUACUUCUAGCUUUAAUUGGUUCUCUAACCAAAAUUCAGAAGACAACGAUACAUAUUUUGAACUAUUUUAA